GGGGUGAGGUGGGGGUGGGCAAUAGCUCCGUCUCUCCUGAAUCAGCAUCAACAUAGAGCCACGGCGACCAGAAGCGAGUGUUAAUCUUGUCGGAAUCACCACACGACAAAGAUUUCUAGAUCGAUCAUGACAAUCCUCCGGUAGCUUUUCAUUCACCAGCGACUAAAUUGCUUGUACCUGUCCUCGGGAUCAAAUCACCAGGGAGAGGACCUCUACCUCCUGAAAAUCUCAGGCAACAUGGGCAACCAGGAAGCCAAACAAAAAAAAUCUGCAGCGGCAUCCAGUAAUGGUGGCCACCCUUCAUUUGAAGAGGGAUGGAGCGAGGGAGGAGGGGAUGUGACAAGGCGGGGUGGAAAGAAACAUCACGGUAAGAAUGAAAGUAAAGGGACAAGCAACGCUAGAGGAGGAGGAGGAGGAGGAGGAGACGGGGUAGGAGGAAGAACACAUGGCACUGGUCCAGCCAAGAAGAAAAACAAAUGCGAGUCCAAGUCCUCUGUUUUUUCGAUUCGGAAGAGGAAGGCUCAUCACAAAGAUGAGCUCGGGCAAUCGGACGCUGAACCGGGCUUCCUGGAAACCAAAAAGAAACAACAAGGUGGAAGCGAAUGCGAAGCGCGGGCGGGGAUUGCAGCAGAAACGGGAGCGGCGAAAACUGCCUCGCCCACAGAGGAUGGAGGACCCAAAGGAGGGAGUUCUGGGUCUGACACGGACAUUUACAGCUUCCACUCGGCGGCCGAUCAUGAUGAUUUGCUCGCAGACAUCCAGCUGGCUAUCAGGCUCCAACAGCAAUGUGAGGGGCUUGAUACGGCGGGUGGGUCCCAGGUACAAGGUGAAAGCAGUGUUAACUGUGGAGCAGAGGCAAAGAGACUGCAAAGUAACGGAGUUGGGAAAUUACCCCCCAUCGAAACACUCGACCUGACGCCGGAAUUAGAGCUCGGCUCAGAUGCGCUGUCUUUCCUGGAAGUCGGAACCUUGUUGGUUACGGACCAGCAGACUGAGAAACCAGAAGAAUUACCGGUCCACUUCUUGUCCCCUAUAGAGAAAUCCGAGGGGAGGGAAAAUGGAGAGAAGGAAAUGGACGGGAUUCAAGAGCUCAAUGGGAAGGAGGAGAAGGCGAGAAAGUCCCCCGCGAGUGGUCCUGAAGUUACAAAAGACCAGCACGUCUGGACGCAGCAGUUCCCGCCCACAGCCAUCGCUCUGGACAAGGGGGCUACAGUCAAAGCAGUUACUACGGCAACUGGAAGCAACUUCCCCAAUUUCACAUUGGACGGUACACAAGCGCGGGAGCAGGAAGCGGGAGGCGAAAACCAGAUUGAGGAGCUGCAGGAGCCUGGCGCGAAUGAAGCUCUGAGUCCAGCGCUUGAAGACGGCCACAGAAAAAGCAGCGUUGCCAUGGUAGCACUUAUUUCAGGGAACGUGUGUGAAGAAGUUGCGAGCGCUGAGUCACUUGAAGACUGCUUGAGUAUUGGAUCAGAAAGUAACCACAUCGCUCCUCCUGCUGCUGCUGCCAAUACUUCCCCCUCCAGGAGGAGCAGUGUUUGCUUUACACCAUCCCAAGGAAGCCCCACAUUAGCCAAACACAUCCACAGGUCCAACCAGGCCAUUUCCCCCUCAAACCCCGCGGUGAAACCGUACCCUCCUGUUUUACCUUCGUACAUCAAGACCACCACCAGACAACUCAGCUCGCCAGGACAUUCCCCGGCUCUGUCUCCUUCCCUUAGCCCCAUGUCGCCAAGAAGAGCUCAUCAACAUUUCCAAAGGAUGAUGGCUGGCGAUCAGCAAGUCACGAAACAGGACUCCCGAAGCAAUGCUGGUCCCCUGAGUCGCUCAGCUGACUGGACAGAAGAGCUCGAGAGGAAAAUGAGGUGCAAGCUCAACAAUGGCGAGUCUGGAGAUUUAGAAGCCUACAGGUACAGAGGUGGGGGAAGCCAACCCCUUUGUGCAACAAGGAGAUCUUCAUGUGGACAAAUUGCUGCAUGCAGCUUCCAAGAUGUCUUUACAGGUCGAACUCUCCUGGAGAAACUAUUCCAUCAACAGCAACAGGAGGAGCCGGAGGAAGCUGAGAGGCUCUGCUCCAGAAUAUUAGCAAUGGGUCUUCUUCUGCCUUUCACAGACUGCUUCAGACAGCGACUAGGAGCCAACCCUGCACAUAUCAACUCUAUCGGAUCACCCAAAUUCCAUCACGACCAGCUGUAUACGUGGGCAGCUGUUAACCAGCCAACCAUUUCUCUUGAUCCUCUUGAGGGGAAGCAACCAGGUUAUCUGAAAGACUCCAGGCCUAAUGGAGACAAUACUGGAGUCAAAGCCGCAGAUCCGGAAUAUCAUACAGGCAUCUUGGGUUUGCGACAGCAACCAAAUGAGAGCCAAAAUUGUCAGGAGGAGGUUUUGCUGAAAACAGUGAAACUGAAGGAAAAACACGUCAAUGUCAUCCAACAACUGGAGCAAACCAUUGAAGAUCUCAGGAGUAAAAUUGCUGAGCUGGAGCGGCAGCCCCCUCUGCUGGACAUAGACAUCAAAACAGCCAAGGACUGUGUUGGAAUGGAAGGCCUUUUGAGGGAAGUGUCUGAUGCUCACUUUCAGACUGAAGCAGAUCACUUUCUGUGCUCCUUGGAAGCCAAAUCGGUGCAAACAUCGCCGAUGGAUGACAGCUUUAAGUUUAAAGUGCCUUACAGUGAGCCAAGUGGAGUCAAUAAUUCCCUGCAAAUCCCAUUUAGCCAAUGUUCAUGUCAGCAGCAACCCCUGCCCACGCUUCCGGGUGGGCCGUCUCUUCCUUUGCCCGUACAGAUAGCAGUUCCUGUGGCGCCACCUGCUCCACCCUUGCCAGUAGGUUCAAUACCACAACCACCACCACCACCUCCACCACCUCCUCCUCCUCUCCCAGGUGGACAUGCCCCGCCACCUCCUCCUCCUCUUCCUGGUGGUCCAGUUCCACCCCAACCUCCUCCUGUCCCUGGCGGUGCUGCUCCACUGCCCCCUCCGCCACCUCUCCCCGGUGGACCUGCUCCACCACCACCACCACCUCCUCCUCCUCUCCCUGGUCAAUCAGCUCCACCCCCACCUCCUCCUCUCCCCGGUGGACCAGCUCCACCCCCACCUCCUCCUCCACCUCUCCCUGGCGGUCUUGCUCCACCCCCACCUCCUCCACUCCCCGGUGGGCCCAGUGCCAAUCCUCCCCAUUAUUGUGGGCCUCCCCGACCUCCUCCUCCACCCGGUACGAUCUGCAUUCCUCCAGCUCCGUCGGGAGUUCUGGGCUCCUUGCCUCCUCCUCUGCCUUUGGGGCUAUACACGCUGGGCCUUACCCAGGAGAAGAAACCCAGGAAAGCAGUGGUGGAGCCUCCCAGACCCAUGAAGCCAUUGUAUUGGACCAGAAUCCAGUUGCACACUAAAAAGGAAAUAUCGUCGGCAUCGGUGUGGGAGACGAUAGAGGAGCCUGAUGUGGACUUUAAGGAGUUUGUAGAGUUGUUUUCCAAAACAGCCGUCAAGGAGAAAAAGCAGCCACUCUCCGACACAAUCACCAAGUCUAAAGCCAAACAGGUUGUCAAGCUCCUAAGCAACAAACGCUCUCAGGCUGUCGGAAUCCUGAUGUCCUCGCUACACCUUGAUAUGAAAGACAUCCAACAUGCCGUCUUGAACUUGGACAACACGAUCGUUGACCUGGAGACCAUUCAGGCCCUUUAUGAAAAUAGGGCGCUGCCAGAGGAACUGGACAAGAUUGAAAAACACAUUAAAUCCACUAAAGACAAGGAGAAUGCGAAACCUCUGGACAAACCUGAACAGUUUCUCUACCAGCUCUCCCAGAUCCCCAGCUUUUCUGGUCGAGUCUUUUGUAUCCUCUUCCAGUCUAGCUUUUCUGAGUGCAUGUCCUCUUUGAUGAAGAAACUGGAUACGCUGCUGAGUGUAUGCAAGGUAUUACAAGACAGUGAAAAGGUGAAGCAGAUUCUUGGUCUGGUGCUGGCUUUUGGCAACUUUAUGAAUGGAGGAAAUCGCACAAGAGGCCAAGCUGAUGGCUUCAGUCUUGACAUCCUUCCCAAACUCAAAGAUGUCAAGAGCAGUGACAGCAUGAAAAGUCUUCUGUGUUACAUAGUUGCAUACUAUCUAAGGAAUUUUGAUGAGGAUGCUGGAAAAGACACUUGUGUUUAUCCUCUCCCUGAGCCUCAUGAGUUGUUCCAGACUUCCCAGAUGAAAUUCGAAGACUUUCAGAAAGACCUGACUCGACUCAGAAAAGACCUUCGAUCAUGUACCUCAGAGGUGGAACGAGUGUGCAAAGCUUCCAUUGAAGAUAACCUACAGCCUUUCAAGGACAAGAUGGAUGAUUUUAUUUUAGAAGCGAAACAUGAGCUUGAAGCAUUGGAAACUCAUCUCAGCAGCACACACAAACUGUUCCUAGAGCUCACAGUAUUCUACUCGGUGAAGGCAAAGGCAGGGGAGAAGGAGGUUUCGCCAAACACUAUUUUCUCGAUCUGGUAUGAGUUUUCCUCUGACUUUAAGGACCUGUGGAAGAAGGAAAACAAAUCGAUUCUGAAGGAGAGGCUCAGAGUGGCAGAGGAAUGUUUCCGACAAGCUAAGGAGCGAGCUUCCUACAGUGUCAAACCCAAACAUGCUACAGGGAUUAAAGCCAAGCUUGGCAUGAAGAUCUGACUCGCCAGACGUAUUCUUUUGUUUUGACUUUUGCAAGACGACGUCAAGGAUCUCACUCUGUUCCCGGGAUCGUUUUCUAGGACGGCCACUUUCACUGAUUAACUUGCUGAAAUGAUCGACAAGGAUCACACCAUAUUCACGAUUUUAAGGGCCAUGUGAGAACCGGGGAACUGCCAAGAAUUUUGG